GGAAAUGAAAUCAAGCUCUCGGACUCAUUAGCACAAUUUCUUGUCCCGGCAAUGCGAAACAUUCAAAAUGCAAUUUCUAGUGGUAGUCUUGGAAACCAAAUCAAAGUUUCCACUGCUUUUGACACUACAGUACUUGGAGUGUCCUUUCCUCCAUCAAAAGGCGUAUUCAGGUCCGAAUAUAGAGCAGUUUUGAAUCCCCUCAUUGCUUUCCUCGUGGACAACAACUCUCCGCUACUCCUUAACAUGUACCCUUAUUUUGCUUACAGUGGCAGCAGUGGGGACGUUCGUCUUGAUUAUGCUCUUUUCACAGCUCCCUCAGUUGUAGUACAAGAUGGCAACCUCGGUUACAAUAAUCUUUUCGAUGCAAUUUUGGAUAGUGCUUAUGCAGCUCUUGAGAGGGCGGGUGCAGGGUCUUUGGCAAUUGUUGUAUCGGAGACUGGCUGGCCAUCAGCUGGUGCAAAUUCAACAACAAUUGAUAAUGCAAGGACUUACAACUCAAAUUUGAUUAAACAUGUGAAGAAAGGGACGCCGUGGAAACCUGGAAAGCCCAUAGAAACUUGCAUUUUCGCCAUGUUUGAUGAGAAUAAAAAGACCCCAGAGCUUGAAAAACAUUGGGGUCUGUUUUCCCCAAACAAACAGCCUAAAUACCCAAUUGAUUUCAAUUGA